AUGUCUUACAUAGAAAAUACAACAUUAAGUAGUUUAAAUACUACUUUAAAACAAGCUACAUUUUCAUCUUAUUCAAGUCCAUUAAAUUUUUUCUUUAAUCAUAUUUAUUUAUUAUUAUUAGUAAUUAUUGGAAGUAUUGGUAAUGGUUUUGUUAUUAUUGUUUUUGGUCAAAGAGCAUUACGUACAACAAUUGUAUCUGUUGGUUCGAAUAUGUCUGUUUAUCCAUUUUUAUUUUAUAUGGCCAUAUCGGAUACAAUAUAUUUAUUUAUUUUAUUCUGUUUAUGGCUAUCUAAUUAUAGAAAUAUUCUUCAUCGACCAAUAAUUUGUCAAUUAACAUUAUAUUUAACAUAUGUGUGCAAUUUUAUUAGUGCUUAUUAUACAGUAUCAUUUACUGCUCAACGUUUAUUUGCUGUUGUAAAACCAUUCCGUGUUUCUCAUGUGCUUUCAUGGUAUCGUUCUCGAUGUUUAGCAUUAUUAAUAAUCUUAAUUGCUUGCUUAAUUUAUUCAUAUUUACCAUUUCUUAUUGGAAUUGUUAAUGGACGUUGUUAUUCAUUAGAACAUCUACGUUGGAUAAAUGAAUUUAUGGAUAUUGUUGAUUGUAUUAUAGUUUUUCUUAUACCAUAUAUUGUAAUUAUUGUAAUGAAUACAAUUAUAUUAAUAUCAUUAAGACGUAUGAAACAAACAGAACAUGAAUUUUUAUUUCAAAAUCAUUCGCAUUUAAAUAAAAUACGUGAAAUAACACGUCGUAAUGCAUCACGUAAAAUGACAAAAUUAUUAUUAACUGUUUCAACAUCAUAUUUAAUUAUAUGUGCACCAUAUGCAUGUAUACAUACAUGGCGUUUAUUAUAUGGAGAUGAAAAAUUUCAAACAAAAUUAAUAAGACAAUUAGAAUAUUAUUUUCAUUUAAUUUAUCAAAUAUCAUUUGCAAUAAAUUUUUAUAUUUAUAUUCUAUUUGAUUCAAAAUUUCGACGUGAAUUAAAACGUUUUUUUAUGAAAUGUAAAAGACAUAUUCAUCAUUAUUUUCGACGUCGAAGUUCAUAUGAACAUGAAGAUUCAAAUAUUCAAAAUAAUUCAUCAACUUUUGAACAUUUUCAAUUAAUGGGUCGAACUUCACCAUGUACAACUUUAACAACAAGUGGUUUUACAUUUGGAUAUAAAUGCAAACAGAACAAAACAUUUUCUUCAGGAUCAUAA